AUGUCCACUCUUACACCCGAUCAAAUAAAAGUGCUCGAGCAAUCCCGUCAACGACUUGUCCAACUCACCCGCUCCCUGGGUUCGCUGAUCGCGAGUUUGAACCAAAGCGAUCCCCUCCCACCAUGGUCUUCACUCCAAUCUCAAGCAAGCAUCAUUUCAAAUAACCUUGUCUCCGUCUCCGAACACCUCUCCGACCACCGCGACCUCCUCUCCUCGGUAGUCGCCUACCCAGGCCCCGACUACCCAGGUCGCACACAAGCAAGCACCCUCGAGCAACUCCUGCGGACAAAACUCGAUCCCCGCGUCCAAGACUGGGUCGCGCGGGGCCGGACAGCAGGCACCGAGCCGCAAGUCUCGGACACCUCCAACUUGAAUCCCAGCGCGAUAGCAGCAGCGCAAACUCAGAAACCGCUAAGCGAGACGGAACUCGCUGAGCUAUGGGAGUGGGCUCCUAUUGAAGCGAACCAAGAGGCGAGGAGACGGAAUUGGGGAGGAAAUUUCACGCUUGAAGAACGCGAGGCGGGGAUCCAGAAUGUUGUGACGGGGCUGAAGAGACAAUUGGAAGAUGAUGAGGGGUCUGAAGACGAAGACGAGGAGGAAGAGGAUGAGGAGGGUGAGGAUGAGAUGGAAGUUGUGGGUGUGCGUCGAAAAUCCAGUGGAAAUGGGUUUGAGUUUGAGAUUGCUCCGCACCAUGCGCAUGCUGUUGAGCCUGUGGUUCCUCUUGCGGAUAUCUUGAGGUAUAUGACCACAGGGCGAAUGCAGUAG